GUUCAACGAGCGUCCAUCCGCAUCUCACCAGGCGACCUGUUUGGAUCGUUCGGAGCCGGGAAGAAAGCACCGGAGCCUCCGCAGACCCUAUGGACGCGGAGCUUGUUUUGACCGCAGCCGUGGACGCGGACACGCAGGAGCAGGAAGACGAACUGCUCGCCCUCAACAGUAUCUUUGGUUCCGAGGAGUUCGUCCGCGAUGAAUCCAGAUCCGCCGGAGAGAUCCGAGUGUGUGCAGAGCUCCCUGCGGACUUCACUGUGGUCCUGAAAGAAGGUGAAUCGCUGCGGCAGUACCAGCUAUCCUUCCUUCCCCCUUUGCUUCUGACCUUUGAACUGCCAGAGGACUACCCAUCCUCCUCCGCCCCCUCCUUCUCCCUCACCUGUAGCUGGCUGACAGACACACAGCUCUCUGCACUGGCCGCUCAGCUGACCGAUCUGUACCUGGCCACCGGUGGCGCUGUUGUGCUCUUCUCCUGGGUGCAGUUUCUUAAAGAAGAUACCCUCAGGUUCCUGGACAUAUAUUCUGUGCUGGAGCUCCCCUCUGAUGAACCCCUGUACGAUAGCCCGGACUUAAAUGCUCCACUGUCAGAAGCCGCGGCACCCUCGCAGGCUCCCUCAACCUCAGACUGGGGCGGCGCAGACUCAAUGGAGGCUGAGCGGACCCUCCGGACCUCAGGGAACAACCACCCGUCCACAGUGGCAGGCGUAUCAAAGCAUCUGCAGUAUGCACCGUCAGAUCGAAGUGAUCGGGGAGAGGUCUCGAAUGACGGGGGGGCGGCAGCCUGGUCGAUCCACUCAAGGGAAUCCCCCCAGAAUGGAAACCCAGCGUCUCUAACUCCGUCACAGACCCUCUUGUCCCAGCUCCUGAUCUGGAACGCGGCUCGGACGCACAACGCGUUCUCAGCCACGGUGUUUGACUGCGGCGUGUGUUUCGUGGGCUUCCUCGGCUCAGACUGCAUCCAGUUGCCCGAGUGUGGCCACGUCUUCUGCAAGGCCUGCCUCACAAAGUUCUGCCAGCUCCAGAUAACAGAGGGCAACGUCAAGGGUGUCACCUGUCCCGAGGCGGACUGCUCUGCCACACCAGCACCUUCACAGGUUAGGUGUCUGGUAGGGGAAGAGCUGUUCAGUCGCUAUGAUCGUCUUCUGCUACAAUCCACUCUGGACAGCAUGGCUGACGUGGUGUACUGUCCUCGACGUUUUUGUGGUUUGGCCGUCAUUUUUGAGCGAUCCAGCGCUGCAGCCCAGUGCUCUGUGUGCGGCUUCGCUUUCUGUGUCACCUGCAGGAAGAACUUCCACGGAACUGAGGGGUGUCCGAAAAAGAGCAUUACAAAAAUACAGGAAGCCGAGGCAGACCUGCCGCAGUCACAAGAGGGGUUGAUGGGGCUGUGGGAAGACUAUGCCAGUGGCAGUAAGAAGAGGCAGCGCCUCCUGGAGAGAAGGUAUGGCCGCGCUGUAAUGCAGGGCACAGUUGGGGAGUGCCUGAGUGAGGACUGGAUUUCCUCCAACAGCAAGAACUGUCCCCACUGCUUCUGGAAAAUCGAGAAGAACGGCGGAUGUAACAUGAUGAUGUGCACUCAGUGCGGACAGCGGUUCUGCUGGGUCUGCCUCACCAGACUGCCAACGAGUCGGCCAGGAAAACACUUUGACGGCAGUGCGUGCUCGCAGUACCAAUAGGCCCUUUCCACAGCUGCCAUUUUGACACGUUAUACCAGGUUCUCUUAGCUGUAGCCGAGGUGCUCCAUCUCGUGGCGGUAUCUUAACUCGGACACCUUCGCCUUGUGCUGCUUGCUCUCCAGAUGCUGCCUGAAGUCGGCCUCCUGCUCGGCCCCGCA